GUCCGGUCACCGCGCAAUUUCGCCAAUAUAUUUGCGAAGCUGACCCUAAUUUUCCCGCCAUCAGAUCUUCCAAAUUACGAAACUAUAAACCCUAAUUUUACAUCUCAUGGAGUCCUUAUCCUUCAUGUUCCAAACUGCAGUUACCUCAAAUCUCGAUUCAGUUCGUCGGCCGGAAAUUUACAGUAGAACUUUCACCAUCGGCGGAUCUCCGGCCCGUAAUGUUCAUGUCACUUCUCAUUUAAAGAAUCGUCGUUUUAUCUCUGUUCAAACGCGUUGCUCGUUUUCGAAUUCCGGAAGUGAUGGAAAAGGAGAAGAAGAAUUGGAAGGAUCGGUUGAAGAAGUUACGAUUCCAAAAGCCUGGUUGAACUCUGCGAAAGCUUUGGAGGAAUCAGAAUGGUUAAGAGUAACCCUUCACAAGUGGUUGGACAAUGAAUAUUGUCCAGAGCCAACCAACGUGGACAUUAGCAAUGUUGCUGCCUCGUCAUACUACAAAUCUUUAACAGAGAACCAAACUGACCUAGGUGAUAUAUUGCUAAGGAUGGCAAUGGAGCUGGAAAGCAUAUCGUAUAAAGAGAGCUUUCACGGAGCGUUUUCAUCAGCGAAUGCAGCUGUCAACCUCAUACUCGAGCGACUAGUGCAGGAGUGAGUCCCCUUUACCAGGUUUGAAUUAUUUUGUUUGAUAUUUGCCCACCACAUUCUUAUGUUAUAUUCAUAAGUUGUUUGUAAUUAAUAAUUCAUUUAAACUCAUUGUAAUCUAUGGUGUUAAAAUCGCGAUAUAUCGCCGAUAUAUCGGAUAUCAGUCUCUGGAAAAAUCUUGAUGGUGAAAUAUCGGUUCCGAUAAUAUCGUUGAUAUAUACCGAUAUUUUGAUGGAAAAAUCGGUCCGAUAUACGGAUUUUCUACAA